ACCAUAGAGGACGCGGAUACCGCCGGUCCUGCCGGUUUAAACAAAACGUACACUGUAGGCUAACCUCUCUCUUUCACUCGGCAAUACAUAUAAUAAUAUACUUUUAUCGUAUAUAAUUAAAACACCGUUAUAUGCUGAAAAAAAUGAUAAAUUUACGAAAGUUUAUAGAUAUUGGUGCAAAUUUAACGGAUCCUAUGUAUCAGGGAAUUUAUCACGAAUCUCAAAAACAUCAACCGGAUUUAGAUAAAGUAUUAGAGAGAAGUUGGGAUAAUAAUCUGUCAAAAAUUAUAAUUACAGCGGGCAGUGUUGAGGAAAGUAGAAAAGCUUUAGAAAUUGCCAGGACAGAUGAGAGAUUAUUUUCGACUGUUGGUUGUCAUCCAACGCGUUGCAAUGAAUUUGAAGAAUCCGGAGAUCCUGAAGCGUAUCUCAGUUCACUUUCUGAAAUUGCAAUUAAUAAUAAAGAUAAAAUAGUUGCAAUUGGAGAAAUGGGACUUGAUUAUGAUAGACUUCAAUUUUGCUCUAAAGAUAUACAAAAAAAAUAUUUUGAAAUGCAACUUUCUCUUUGCUCCACAUUGAAAUUACCAAUGUUUCUUCAUUGUCGUAAUGCUGCCGAAGAUUUUGUUCGAAUACUAAGAAAAAAUAAAGAUAAAUUAACAGCUGGUGUUGUUCAUUCAUUCGAUGGUAAUACAGAGGAAGCAUACAGUUUACUUCAAUUAGGACUUUAUAUUGGUAUUAAUGGAUGUUCGUUGAAAACAGAGGAAAAUCUGUGUGCAGUUACAACAAUUCCAUCCGAUCGUCUAGUGAUAGAAACUGAUUGUCCAUGGUGUGAAAUUAGGCCAACUCAUGCAUCAUUCAAAGAUGUUGUGACACGUUUUCCAUCGGUGAAAAAGGAAAAAUGGCAACCAGAUAAAAUGGUCAAAGGACGAAACGAGCCUUGCACCAUAGUACAAAUUUUAGAAAUAUUGGCGAGUGUCAGAGAUGAGGAAGAGGAAUAUCUUUGUAAUCAAAUUUACAAAAAUACAAUGAAGCUCUUCUUUCCAUAUGAAUUGUGAGGAAAAAAAAAUAGCUUUUCAAUCGCCGAGUGUACAAGUGCAUUUACACUUAUUUUCGAGCAUUUAUAUAUAAAUAUAUAUAUAUACACGCGCUAAGACUGUUUGUGAAAGUGUGAUGAGAGAAAGAGAGCGAGAAAUUAUUUUAAAAAAAAUACUGUCUGUGACGAAAAAAAAAAAAAACAAA